AUGCCUCUCCUAAAAGAGCCCCACCCCCCCACUCCAAUCCAGUUUUCCUGGAUCCUCCAGAGUCUGUUUGCUGCCUUCAAUGUGGUCCUGCUGGUCAUGAUCAGUGGCCUCUUCUUUGCAUUCCCUUGCAGGUGGCUGGCACAGAACGGGGAGCAGGUCUUUCUCAUCAUCACGGGCCUCCUCUUUCUCCUUACCUUCUCCAGUCUUCUUUUUCUUAACUUCUCGGACCCGGGAAUCUUGCAUCAAGGCUCCAAUGAACAGGGCCCCAUGACGGUCCACGUAAUGUGGGUGAACCACCGAGCCUUCCGCCUGCAGUGGUGCCAGAAGUGCUGCUUCCACCGCCCACCCCGGACCUUCCAUUGCCCCUGGUGCAAUAUCUGUGUGGAGGACUUUGACCAUCACUGCAAAUGGGUCAAUAACUGCGUCGGUCAUCGCAACUUCCGCUUCUUCAUGCUGCUCAUCCUGUCUCUCUGCCUCUACUCGGGCGCAGUGCUGACCACCAGCCUGAUCUUCCUAGUGCGCGUGGCCCAUCUGCCCUUCUCCAUCGACAAAGCCAUGGCCAUCCUCGUGGCUGUUCCGGCCGCAGUCUCCCUGGUACCCGUGCUCGUGCUGCUGGUGCUGCAGGUCGUGUCGGUGAGCGCAGGGGAGCGCUCCUACGAGGGCAAGUGCAGAUAUAUUCAGGGAUACAACCCCUUCGACCACGGCUGUGCCAGAAACUGGUACUUAGCGAUUUUUGCGCCGCUGGGAACCAAGUAUAUGGCUGAAGCUGUCUGCCUGCAGAGAGUGGCGGGGGCUCCCUCGGCGCCCAGGCAGUUCCCACAUUUCCCUUCGUUCCCCUCAACACUCAGCCCCCCUGCAUCUUCUGUGACGAGCUCCCAGCCGCAGUCUUUGAGCCUCCAGAGAGAAGGUCCCCAAGGGAGUGGGGAGGCUGCCACCCUCCAGGAGAUCCCCAUAGGCGGCAUGGCCACUGCAGAAAUGGGCAUGGCCUCUGAAGAAGUGGCCGUGGCUUAUUUUGGGGCCGCAGUUGCAUUAAAAUUCAAUGAUGCUCCAGCUGAGAAUACAUAUCUCCUUCAGGUAUCUAACCUGGAAAGUGCUUUAUCUGUAAACCGUUGUCGCCAUGGAUCUAAUCUCUCACGAGCGGACUCCGGUGGUCCGACCUUGGCCGGGGGCAAGCAGAUCGCUCCCCGCGGGCCCGAGGGCCCGGCGCGAGGCCUCGCCCGCGUGCAGUCCCGGGAGCCCGACCACUUGGCGCCUUUUUUCCGCGCCCUGGGCCCGAGCCGCGCAGGCGCCGCGCGCCUCAGGCUCGCGUCGGGGUGCGCUCGCACGUCCGCCCGCGGGCGCUUUCCUCAAGCCCCGCCCCGAGGGCAAGCCGUGCUGCCGGAAGUGACGCAGGCGGGGCGGGGCGGGGCGGACUAUAACCGCCGGCUGGGGGCGGCUGUCCCUUCAAAGGGCAUCGCGGCGGCCGGCGGCGGCUAG